CGAAGAAAACCCUAAAUUUCCACUCCGUCUCUGAAAUCGAUCGAUUCGAGACCCUAAUUUUGCAAUCUGAGCUCUUCGAGAGUCCAAAGGAAGCUUAAUUAUCGAGUCUCCUUGGCAGGUGUUGAGGAUUUUGAUGGUUCAGAAAACCCUAAUUUAGUUCCGCAGAGAUGAACAUGGACGCGAAGGACAUUUUGGGGUUGCCCAAAACUCCGUUGUCUAUACCACAAGAGAAGAAAUCUCGACCCCAGAAGGAUUCCCAGAGAAAACCCGAUGGAAUUUCUCGCGAGGUCUAUGCACUUACAGGGGGUUUGGCUCCGCUCAUGCCUUCCAUUGAUGUCUCUCAGUUGAAAAAACGCCCACCCUCUGACGAGAAGAUCACUUGGCAGUGGCUUCCUUUCUCAAACUCUGCACGGAAAGAUAAUUUGGAGCUUUGCCACUGGGUUAGAGUGGUAAAUGGUGUUCCACCAACAGGGGACUACUCUUUUGCCAAGUAUAACAAGGAAAGAAUAAGCCUGCUUUCGUUUCUGUCUAGAUUUUUUGAUUUACAGCAGUAAUGCUGUUUUUAUUUUUCAUUUUUAUUUUUCUCUUUUGCCUCUUCCAGUGCAAUUUGUUUCAUCACAAUAUUGAAUGUUUGGUUUGGGUGAUGCAGUCUGUUGAUGUUAUCAAAUACACAGAUGAGGAGUAUGAGAAGUAUUUAACUGAUUCUAUUUGGACUAAAGCAGAGACAGACCAAUUGUUUGACUUGUGUGAACGCUUUGAUCUCCGCUUCAUCAUUAUAGCUGACAGGUUCCCUACAUCAAGGACUGUAGAGGAACUGAAAGAUCGUUAUUAUAGUGUUUCUCGAUCUAUAUUGCUUGCCAGGGCUCCAUCUUCUGGGGAUGUUGCAGGACAUCCUCUUGUUAAGGAAUCUUACAAUGUUUCUCAGGAGAUAGAACGCAAACGUGCAUUGUCAAUGGUCCUCUCCCAAACAAAGCAGCAAGAACGAAAGGAUGCUGAGGUUCUUGCUGAAGCAAAACGAAUAGCUGAAGCACGCAUGGCUGCACGGGCUGCUGAAGAGCCUGAUUUGCCAGUCACAAGGGAAGUUGGUCCUGAAAUUGCUGAUAGGACUGCUGUUCAUGGUGAUACUGUGUCUCCAUCCAAUAAUCACCCCCCUGCAGCUGUUGUACCAUCAACUUCAAUGAUGGCUGAUAAUGCCUCCACUUUAGCUUCCUUGCGAAUGCUUAAAGUGUAUUUGAGAACAUAUGGACUUGAACAAAUGGUUCAAGCUGCAAGCUCAUCUGCCGGACUUCGGACCAUAAAGCGUGUUGAGCAAACUCUACAAGACCUUGGGGUUAAUUUAAAACCAAAGGUGCCAACCAAGGCUGUUUGUGCAGAGCAUCUUGAAUUAAGAAAAGAGAUUCUUACUCUACUAAAUCUUCAGAAACAGUUACAAUAUAAGGAGGCAGAGGGUUCAUCUUUCCGUGAGGGUUCCUAUGGUGAUAUUCCAGGCACACCACCAAAGCGCUCCAACCGUGGUGCUGAUCAAGAUCGGCCAUUUGUUCCAGACUCCACUAGUUUUGGAGGGGAAAGGGUUGGCAAAAGGGACCAGAAACGAAAGGGACCUGGAAGGGCAUCUGAGACUCCAUCAUCACCAGCUCAUAAAAGGCCAAGAAAGUUCAAAACUUCAGAUCUAUAAACAAGUGGUGAGGAAGGAAACUUAUCUUUUAUAAUUAAAGAGUUCUCAGCAACUUGGCGGUCAUUUGAUUCGCUAAUGAUUUUUUGGUUCCACCUUUUUAUAAGAUUUGGUUGAGACCAAAUGCAAUACACGGGGUGUAAGGUGGUGAACCUGCAAAACACCUGAUUCCGAGGCUCUGGAGGACACAGCUAAGCCAAUUUUGAAGUUAAUUUCAUCUGUGAAGCCCCAUUCACCGAAGUGUUGUCAUUAUUCUAUAUCAGUAGCCGAGUUGUAUGUUUUACAAGGAGACAUUUAAGGAGACGUGACACCAUUAGAAUGAAACAGCUUCGAGAGUCCGAGGACUGAAAUCCCUAGUUAAUUGGUUCCUCAUUGAAUCAGAAAUAGUCUUCCAGUUCUAUAAAAGCUAUUGCUUGCGACGACAAGUUGUACUUUCUAAUUUCAAUUGAUGCCACUCAUGUAAAUGAUAACACGCUCUUUGGUAUGAUAAUUUCCUCAGCUCGCAGAGACGUUCAUGGUUUCCAUGCUACUUUAGAGGCUUUAUUGUGUCAAGAUUCAAGAGUAGGUUGCAUUGCUAGAACGGAUAAAAUAGUUCAAGGGCUAGUUUCGUGGUUUUGACAGAUAUCACCAUAAAAGAUGUCACCGACUUUUGAUAAAUGCUCUACUUUAGCAGAUAUCAUCUUGCAGAGUACCAUGCACGGCAUUCGAUUCUCAAAAUUCAAUCUUGCUCUCAUCUUCCACCCGGUUAAAGGACUGAAAUUAUUAUCAGAAAAAUGAAUUGAAGUCUCUCCA